AUGGCUGAGGAGGCCCCACAGGAGACAGGGCUGGGGGACAGGGCUGCUCCCCAGGAUGACUCGGGCCUCCAGGACAGCGUGUUCUCCUCUGAAAGUGACAACAGCCUGUACUUCACCUACAGUGGCCAGUCCAAUACCUUGGAGGUCCGAGAUCUCAGCUACCAGGUGGACAUAGCCUCCCAGGUGCCUUGGUUUAAGCAGCUGUCUCACUUCAGGAUGCCCUGGACAUCUCACAAGGACUCUUGUGAGCUAGGCAUUCAGAAUCUGAGCUUCAAAGUGAGGAGUGGACAGAUGCUGGCCGUCAUAGGGAGCUCAGGCUGUGGGAGAGCCUCUUUGCUGGAUGUGAUCACCGGGCGAGGCCACGGCGGCAAGAUUAAGUCAGGCCAAAUCUGGAUCAACGGGCAGCGCAGCACGCCCCAGCUGGUCAGGAAGUGCGUGGCCCACGUGCGACAGCACGAUCAGCUGCUCCCCAACUUGACCGUCCGCGAGACCCUGGCUUUUGUUGCCCAGCUGCGCCUGCCCAGAGACUUCUCCCAGGCCCAGCGUGACAAAAGGGUGGAUGACGUGAUCGCGGAGCUGCGGCUGCGCCAAUGCGCCAACACGCUCAUGGGUAACUCCUACGUGCGGGGCGUGUCCGGGGGCGAGCGGCGCAGAGUCAGUAUCGCAGUGCAGCUGCUGUGGAACCCAGGAAUCCUCAUCCUGGAUGAACCCACCUCUGGCCUCGACAGCUUCACGGCCCACAACCUGGUGAAAACCCUAUCCAGGCUGGCCAAAGGCAACAGGCUGGUGCUCCUCUCCAUCCACCAGCCUCGCUCCGAUAUCUUCAGGCUGUUUGAUUUGGUCCUCCUGAUGACGUCUGGGACCACAAUCUACUUGGGGGCAGCCCAGCACAUGGUCCAGUAUUUCACAGCAGCCGGCCACCCCUGUCCCCGCUACAGCAACCCUGCCGACUACUAUGUGGACUUGACCAGCAUCGACAGGCGAAGCCAAGAGCAGGAAGUGGCCACCAGGGAGAAGGCUCAGUCCCUUGCAGCCUUGUUUCAAGAAAGAAUACGUGGCUUCGAUGACUUUCUGUGGACAGUGGAGUCAAGGGAGCAGGGUGUGGGCACUUACGUGCAGAGCCCGGCUUCCCCGAGGGACACCAACCCCUUACAGCCUCCCACUAAGCUGCCUGGCCCCCUACAACAGUUUGACACGCUGAUCCGUCGUCAGAUUUCCAACGACUUCCGAGACCUGCCAGCCCUCCUCAUCCACGGGGCAGAGGCCUGCUUGAUGUCCCUGAUCAUCGGGUUCCUCUACUAUGGCCAUGGAGCCGUCAAGCUCUCCUUCAUGGACACGGUGGCCGUCUUGUUCAUGAUCGGAGCGCUCGUCCCUUUCAACGUGAUCCUGGAUGUCAUUGCCAAAUGUCACUCAGAGAGGGCGCUGCUUUACUAUGAACUAGAAGAUGGGCUGUACACUGCGGAGCCGUAUUUCUUUGCCAAGAUCCUAGGGGAGCUUCCCGAGCACUGUAUCUAUACCAUCAUCUAUGGGAUGCCUACCUACUGGCUGGCCAACCUGCGCCCGGCCCCCGAGCCCUUCCUGCUGCACUUCCUGCUGGUGUGGCUGGUGGUCUUCUGCUGCAGAACCAUGGCCCUGGCCACCGCCGCCCUGUUCCCCACCUUCCACAUGUCCUCCUUCUUCGGCAACGCUCUCUACAACUCCUUCUACCUCACUGGGGGCUUCAUGAUAAGCUUGGACAACCUGUGGACAGUGCCCGCGUGGAUUUCCAAGAUGUCCUUCCUCCGAUGGUGUUUUGAAGGGCUGAUGCAGAUCCAGUUUGGUGGGCACACGUAUCACCUGGCAGCUGGCAACAUCACCAUCCCUAUCCCGGGAGACAUGAUCCUCAACGCCAUGGGCCUGGGCUCAUACCCUCUCUACGCCAUCUACCUCUUCAUCAUAGGCAUCAGUGGUGGCUUCAUGGUCCUGUACUAUAUGUCCUUAAAGUUCAUCAAACAGAAGUCAAGUCAGGACUGGUGAUUCACGCCCAGACUCCUGCCCGCCAGUGGGGGACUCGAGAAGGCCCUUCCACUGCACUUUCUCCCAAGGAGACCCUUCCCAGGCACAAAGAGGACCGUGAGAACACAAAGC